GUCAGAACCAGCCGGGUUGUAACUAACCUGGCUUGAAGACUCAAGCCGACGUCGCCAUGUCCGACGCGGAGUCCUCCGCGUCCGGGGACUCGAGCUCCAGUCGCAGCCGCAGCCGGGGGCGCGCGGAGAUCGCGGUGGGCUGCGUGGUGGAGAUCCACGGAUUGGAGAAGUCCGUGGAGCUGAAUGGGCAAGAAGGCGUUGCUGUUUCCUGCUCCGCCGGCCGCUGGGCUGUGCUGCUCAGGGACGAGGCCCGGAAGGUGUCGGUGCCCUCCGAACAGCUUCGCAGAAGGCAGCUGGGACCACAGGAGGUUCGGCUGCGGUUCUGCAACGUCCCCGAGGGCUACGACUCCGCGCUGAUGCGGCAGGAGCUCGAGGACGAGUGCUUUGGCGAGGACGCAGUGCUGUCGGUGGUGCACGACACGGAGAACCAUCACUGCUACAUCACGGCUGCGAGCCAGGCCAAAGCCCGGCAGAUUGUCCUGAACUUUGAUGGCCGGCGCCUGGAGCGACUGGGACCUGGCCUGCUGCCGGAGAGCUGCUUGCGCCAGAAUGUGAAGCUGGAAUGGCUAUGAAUGGC